AUGACUUCAGAAGGAAUAUUUGAUAUUGUUAUCAUUGGGGCAGGAAUCUCUGGUAUACACGCCGCCAAAUUCUAUCUAGAUAUACAUCUACAAUGUCGUCUGGUGAUUCUUGAUCGCGACCCUUGUGUUGGAGGUGUUUGGAAUUUCAGAAGAGGAUACGAUUCAUUUUGGACACAAUGGACAGUCGGUACCGCGGAAUUCUCAGACCUACCUAUGACCAGACCACCUGAAGAAGAUGUUUACUAUGAAUUCUUCAAAACGAAAUAUACCACCGAGUAUCUUGAAGAUUAUGUUGAUACACAUCGUUACGGUGACACAACACUUCGUGAUAGAAUCAAGCUUUCAACGGAAGUUCGAUCACUCUUGAGAAAGGACGGUAAAUGGAUGAUUGAAACCGUAGACUUGGUUUCUGGAGCUUCAGAUACUUGGCAAACUACUAAGUUAAUUGUUGCUAGUGGACUCAACUCUAUACCCAACAUGCCCUUACUUCCAGGCAAAGAUUUAUUUCAAGGCCCCAUCCUUCACCAAAAUGACUUUGGAUCGUCUAAGGUUUUGACCUCACCAGAUAUUCAGGAAACAACUGUACUAGGAGCUGGAAAGUCAUCUGCUGAUAUGGUAUACUCAGCUGUCAAAGCAGGGAAAACUGUGUCAUGGAUCAUCAAGACUUCUGAUACAAAUGGUCCUGGAUUUCUUCUUUCUCCAAAAGGAAAGGGCCCCUACAAGAAUGCUUUCGAAUGGACGUGGUUCUUGCAUUCGACGAAGUAUGGAGUCAAAAUGAUGAAUGCCUUUUGGAGUGCUGUUGAUAAUGAAACGAGGAAAGAUGCAGAUUUUAAUGGAAGGAAAAAUCUUCAAGGAUUUGAGAAAUUGAACCCUCAAUCUCCGAUGUUUUGGCAGAACUGUACUGGUGGCUUACUCCAUCAAGUCGAUCUCUUUGAUGCUAUUGCUGAAAAGGUUCGAAUUUAUUGUGCCGACAUUGCAAGUAUCGAAGAACACAAGAUACUUCUAAAAGAUGGUAAUGCAGUUCCGGCAGAUGCCAUACUUUGUGGUACUGGCUGGGUCCCAUCUUUGCAAUUCUUCACCGAGGAUCAAAAAAAAUCACUUGGUCUUCCUCACCUCCCAUCUUCCGAGCAUGAAGAACACCAAGAUCAUUGGAAGCAGCUCACCUCAGAAGCAGACCAGAAAGUUGUCUCGAGAUUUCCGCAACUUGCAAAUCUACCCCCGCAUUACCGUCGUCCUGUCACUCAUACCCCAUAUCGCCUUUACAAACACGUCGCGCGCUUCCCUACAUCAGAUUCGGAAAUUGACGGAAAUUCCAUCGUAUUCAUCGGUCAAGUAAGUGUAGGAGACUACUUCCCGGUCGUACAAUGCCAGUCUAUGUGGGCGACGGCAUAUCUGGAUGGUAAAUUAGUUCUCCCGCCAAGCCAAGAACAGCAAAAGGAAGUUGCACUAUUCACAGCAUGGAAUAGCAGAAGAUAUUUAAGCAGUGGAGAUGAGGGAAUUAAUAUGACGUUUGAGUUGGUGGGGUAUUGUGACAGUCUUCUGCAAGACUUGGGAUUGAUAAGUCAUCGACGAGGUUGGUUUAAGGAUUUAUUUGCUCCGUUUGUGGCAAGUAACUUUGCGGGAUUGAAGGAUGAAUAUUUGAAGAAGUACGAAAGUGAUGAGACUAAAGGUGCAUGA